UGGCCAGAACUCCAAAAAGCGUGAUCAGAUAAAGCGCCACCAAGCAACGGAGUAGGAAUCCAGAGAGGAAACAGCUCUUCUUCGCGGUUUUUGAGAAGUUUCGGGAUCGGGAAUCAGUGCAACCCUACCUCGAUGAAGUCUCGGGGACGCGGCGUGCCCACAGCCUCAGCGGCCUGGGCAGGUCACACUCCAGGUCCCUGGCCACUCCCGGGGCUCAGACUUCGGCCUAGGGUCCCCAAGACCUUCCUCGAAAUACAAGUUGUUGUCCUUCUGUUCUGUAGCCUCCGAUGUAUAGUGACAGCCGAGCCCGUCGGUGAUCUACAAGCUGACCUCCAGAGAGCCGGUCAGAGCCCAUCGGAAAUAGAGUGUCCACCAGGCUCCUUCCGGUCACCUGAGACCAGGGCUUGCAAUCCCUGCACGGAGGGUAUAGACUACACCAGCUCUCCCAACAGCCUGGAAUCAUGCAGACCCUGCAGCGUCUGUAAGAAAGAUAAAGAAAUAAAAAGCAACUGUACCUCCACCCGGGACACGGAGUGUCAGUGUAAACCAGGCACCUUUGAAGAUGAAAACUCUCCUGAGUUCUGCCAGAGAUGCUCUGAGUGUACCAACGGAGACGUUGAAACUACUCCUUGUACCCCAAAGACAAACCGGAAGUGUGGCCCCAAACACUCAUUCUUAGGCCUCAUCGUAGGAUCCGUGGUAGCUCUGCUGGUGAUUGUAGCUUUGGCUGUAAUUUUGAUGACUGGGGUCUGGAAGCCAGUAUUGCAGCAAGUGAAAAGAGCCUAUCCAGGCCAUCAACGGGACCCUGGAAGUGCAAGCUCUGUGAAUGAGUUUCUCAUGAGAGUGCCGACGUCCAGCGUGGGAAAUGACUCUCACUGCGACACGGAACCUGAGGAAACCGUGAGUUCUCCAACAGGAAGGAAGUUGCUGGGUCCAGCAAAUGGAAUCGACGAGGUUGGUGCCCUGAAGCAAAUCUUCAGUUACUGUCCGAACGCUGUGCCCUAUAACUCCUGGAACAGCCUCAUGCGGCAGAUGGGCCUCACAGACAAUGAGAUUGAAGUGGUCAGAGCUGAAACACCGACCCUACGAGAAGUCUUGUACCAAAUGCUGCUGAAGUGGCUCAACCAAACGGGCCGGGAUGCCUCCAUCAACCAUCUGCUGGAGGCCUUGGAGGCCGUGGGAGAGAGGUGUGCCCGGCACGAAAUUGAAGACCAUGCCGUGAAAUCUGGAAAGUUCGUUUAUCAACAGGCUACAGCAGAGCCAGACAUGGUGACACACGCCAGCACUGAGGAGACAGAGCUGGGAGAAUCUCUAUGAGUUCAAGACCAGCCUGGUGUAUAUGGUGAACUCAGUACAGCUAGGAUUGUGUAGAGAGGGCCUGUCUUAAAAGAACAGGGAGCGGCAAUGGGUCUAAAGACCUUCAGUGUCUUUAGAAUUAAUUUUAUUGUAUCUUUUUGUAUUUAUUGUCAUAUUACUGUAUUGUUGUCAUACUGGAAGCUGGACCCAGAGCCUUAUGAACUCUAGGCCAGCAUUCGAACACUCAAAUGCAUCUCCAGCAUCUUGGUUUGCCUUCUGUGCCUGGACAGGGCACAAUUGGCAGGGUAUGGUAGAACCAGCCUAUCUUUCUGGCCCUCCGGAGGUGGAGCCAGGAAGAUCAAGAGUUUGAGGUCAGUUGGGCUACAUGAAAACCUGUAACAUGCAUUCUAUUGGUAAAUUAUCAUAUGCUGUGUAAACGUGUUGAGAGCUGACUAUGUAAACAAAGAGGGUACUCCUGUCCCAGGGUCUAACAUGUUCAUUUCACAUGUCUACCAAAACCCCUUGUCCACAGACAAACUGCCCUCUGCCCCCCCCCCCACCUCCCUGUAACAGAGGGAAGCACAAAACAGCCCGAGUAUAGAAAUUUUAGCUGUCCUUGAGAACAGCUAAAAGGUCACCAGUUUCCAGCCAAGGACACUUCUCUUUGUUGUUAGACUCCAAACCAACCAGACCGCUGCUCAACCACACAGCUGCACAGCUCCCCUGGAUCACAGGUUGAGGGUCGGUCUGGAAUCUAACUCCCAGGUGAACAGAUUUCUCACUCUCUCCAGUGAGUUUGCUGGUCUGGACACACAGAGAACGUAAAAAGCACUACCUGUGGCGGCCCAUCCCCCACCCCCUUUUCUACCACCUGCUGGGGAAUCAGUGGCUUCCUGGCUCCAAGUGCCUCUGAGACCCCGAAGAAACAACUUCUGUUUCAUUCCAUGGCCUCGAUUCUCCUUAAUCUGGGUUCCCAGUCCUCCUUUACAUAUACCUGCCCUGUCUAGGUGUGGAUAACUGGGUCUUUUAAGCUAUACCACUUUAUAUUUCUGUUUGUCUUUGUCUUAUGGUUCUGGGUACUGGAUGCAGGUCCCAGUUCAUUCUUAGCACUUUCUUUGCCACUGGGCUACAACCCCAGUUUAUUAAUCUCUAAGUUAAUGACUUUAUAGGUGUCUAUAAAUACUUACAUGUUUACAAGUAGGUGUUG